CCACUAGCUCUUUGGCCUUCUCUUUGGCCCUCGUGCGCCGUGGAGGCAGCCCGGCCAGCCUCACGGCCAUGGAUGAAUGCCCGAUAUGCCUCGAUGACCUCGACGAAUCGUCGCCCGCGCUGGGUUGCGGGCACCGCUGUCAUGCCCACUGCCUAGGGCAGCUUGCUCACGCACUCGGAUCGACGCCGACGCGACGGGGCACGAAGCUAACGUGUCCUACCUGUCGCCGGGAGUCGCGGGUCGCGAUUUGCGCACCGCCCACCGCGGAGUUUUCCGUCGGUGACGCCGUCCUCGGGCUGUGGGGGCAUCGCUGGUUCCCGGGCGUCGUCGACGCGGUGAUACACGGUGGCCGCGCGUAUGAGAUCGCGUACGACGACGGUGACCACGCGGAAGUCACUGCGAAGCACUGCCGCCGCCGUCGCGACCCCGUCACGCCAGCGCCUGACAGCGAUGAGAACUCUCCUGAGAGCGACGGCGAGGAGACGGUCGUAUACGUGGAAUGGCAAGCCCCGAGGUACCAUGGCAUCCAGUGGGAUUCCGGACAACACAAGUGGAUGGCUCGAUACAAAAAUCCGAAAACUGGCGAGCGCGUUAUCGUCGGCUAUUAUAGCGAUGAUAUCGAGGCCGCACGCGCGCACGACGCGGCGGUCCGCGCCGCGGGACUGGGGACAUCCUUUUCUUAUACCUUUCGUGGUCACUUACGUAACUUAAGAAGAGGUGGGACGAACCCAUAUAUUGGCGUUGUGUGGGAUAGGGAUUCCAAAAAGUACAAGGCAGAGUACGAAGACGCGAACGGCGAUUCGCAGCACAUAGGCGACUUCGACGAUGCGGUAAAGGCAGCUGAAGCGUAUAAUGCGACUAUCCGUCGGGAGGGAUUGUCAUCGACGCGUGAACUAAAUCCGCUAUAUGAUGGCGUGCCGAUCCCGCGCGAGGAGGCCAGGCGCAGCGGUGCCGCUCGGUGCUGCCGCGACAGAAAGGGUAUCAAGCUGAACAGGGAGCUAAACGGCGUAUUGAUACCCCUGCCUCCCGAGGAACCGAACUUCGAUGGCUCCGAAGUCGUACCUCCAACUAGAUCGCCCUCCUUGAUCCCUCGUGCCAGCUCACAGUACGUGGGUGUUUCAUGGAACGCCGAACCGCCACGCUGGACGGCCAGAUUCACUAUUUUCACAAGUAUGGAGUAUCACCCGGGCAAAGCGACCGUAGUCAUUGGUUACUUCAGAACCGAUGAGGAGGCUGCACUUGCCUACAACGCGGCUAUUCACCGCUAUGGACUUGAGUCGACUCACAAGACUAAUCCAGUUGUCAACGGCGCGCCGGUCCCGAAGCCACGCGCGUGGAUCAGCCCCCAUCAGCCCAAGGGCCCUCAAAUAAGGGGGAGCUUGCUCCGUCGUAAGCGAGCGGCGCCUGGCCGUUUCAAAGCGUCAGAACGGCCAGAACAAUCGAAACGGCACAGAAUGCGCAAGGCCGAGCGGGAAUGGAGGGAGUUGGCGCGCGCCGCACCGGCUCCGGCCAAAAAGCGGCGCGGCGCGCUAGACGGCCACAACGGAGCAGGCCUAAGGGAGGCUCCGCUACACCCGCGACGCCGCAGCGUCCCUGUCCGCCGCUUUUCGGCCGAGACGCCGGAUGAGGAGCGGGGAGAUUAAGAAUAUGCCAUAGAAAUAUGUCAGUG